CACUUCCCAACGCUGCACUUGGAAAUAAACUUUUGUUUGCGUCCCGGGCGCGCCUGUGAAGAUGUCAGGGUUGAUUAUUUCUCCAGGGAUUGACCAUUUCACUCAAUAACUAACGUUUGUUUCUUUUUUUUCUCUCUUCUUUCGUUUUUUUUUUGAACUGGAUCAUCAUGUUGCGGAUUUUGGUAGAAUCUGCUGCAGGUUUGCCAAAAAAGAAAGUUGGAAGUCCUGAUCCAAUCGCGACAGUGGUGUUUAGAGAUGAAAAGAAAAAAACAAAUGCUAUUGAUAGUGAGGUGAAUCCGGUAUGGAACGAGGUCCUUGAGUUUAAUCUAAAUGGAGCUGCACUAGAACCCAACUCUCACAUUGAUGUGAUUGUGAAAGACUCGGAGACCUUUGGGAAAGAUAAAUUCAUCGGGUCAACAAGAAUUCCUUUGAGAGAACUUGCCUCUGGCCAACUGAGAUCACUCCCGGCCAAAAAUGUGCAUUUGCUUGACGAGAACGGCCAGAAUAUCGGCGCGACUAUGAACCUCGUCAUUGGGUAUGAUCCUCCACCCAAUGCGAACCCGAAUGCAGACGAAUCCCACGAUGGUGAUUCCACUGUGGAUUCCGGCAGUGGAGAGCAAGGUGACGAGACGGCACCCGACGGGGCCCACAGCGGUUCUGCGACCGGCCCCUCCGCUCCCGGUCAGUCUGUUAGCCUUCGCAGGCGGAUAGCAAGGUCGCAGAAUCGACACCGGCUUGUCAACAAACCUCAGGACUUCCAGAUCCGCAUCCGCAUCAUCGAGGCCCGUCAGUUGCCAGGCAACAACAUCAAGCCAGUGGUCAAGGUCCAGGCGUGCGGACAGACCCACAGGACGAGGAUUAAGCGGGGAAACAACCCCUUCUUUGACGAGAUGUUUUUCUACAAUGUCCACAUGCUUCCAUCAGACCUGUUUGAACAGAACAUCAGUAUUCGAGUUUAUAAUUCCUACUCCCUGAGGGCUGACAGUCUCAUGGGAGAAUUUAAGCUUGACGUCGGCUAUGUGUAUGAUGAAGCGGGCCACUGUGUCAUGAGGAAGUGGCUGCUCCUGAAUGAUCCGGAUGACUCCAGCUCCGGAGCGAAAGGAUACCUGAAAGUCAGUCUGUUUGUGGUCGGGAUCGGCGAUGAGCAGCCGUCGGAGAAGAGGGAGUCGGACGAAGACCAAGAUGAUAUCGAAAGCAACCUGUUGCUUCCAGCCGGAGUCACUUUACGAUGGGCCACGUUAUCGCUGAAGGUGUUUCGAGCGGAAGACAUCCCGCAAAUGGACGAUGCCUUCAUCCAGUCGCUGAAGGAGGUUUUUGGCGGAAAUGAGAAUAAGAAGAACCUGGUUGAUCCGUUCAUCGAGGCCCGUUUUGCCGGGAAAAAGCUACGUACUCAGAUCAUCGAGAGGAACGCCAACCCGGAGUGGAACCAAGUGUUGAAUCUUCAGGUCAAGUUCCCCUCCAUGUGCGAGCGUGUCAAAUUGACAGUCUUUGACUGGGAUCGCGUGACUGGGAAUGAUGCUGUUGGUACCACGUACCUCAACUUGGCCAAAAUCGCCUCCUCUGGGGGCGAAAUUGAAGAGGAGCACGCAGGAAGUACGGAAUUGUCGUCAUAUGAAGCCGAAACGGGAGAGUCGGAGAUCGGUUUCCUCCCCGUCUUUGGUCCCUGCUACAUCAACCUCUACGGCAGUCCCAGAGAGUUCACUGGACUACCCGACCCUUAUGAAGAUCUCAAUUUGGGAAAGGGUGAAGGCGUGGCCUACAGGGGCAGGGUCCUGGUCGAAAUGUCGACUAAGUUAGAGGGCAAAGUUGACAAAGCAGUAGACAGCAUCCCGAGUGAUGAUAUCUUGGUGGUGCAGAAGUACCAGAGGAGAAGGAAGUACUGCCUCUGUGCAGUCUUCCACAGUGCUUCCAUGAUCCAGGAACCGGGCGAGCCAAUUCAGUUUGAGGUCAGCAUCGGUAACUAUGGCAACAAACUGGACAACACCUGCAAACCGCUGGCCUCCACCACUCAGUAUAGUUGCGCUGUGUUUGAUGGUAACCACUACUAUUACUUGCCGUGGGCGGGCACCAAGCCAGUAGUUGUGGUGACGUCAUUCUGGGAGGACAUCAGCCACCGCAUGGACACCAUCAACAUCAUCCUUUACAUCUAUCGCCGCUUGCAAUCUAACCUGGAGGUCUUUAGAACAACGGUCUCGGCGAAGGCACCCGACAAGCAAAUGUCUGGCCUAUGGGUGAAGUUGCUGACUCAGCUGAUUGAAGACAUAGCAAAUUUCCCGACACCGGAGCUGGAGGGCCGCUCCAACCUGACAUCCUUGGACAUCCAACUCAAGAAGCUGCGAGACAAUGUCCUGAAGGGCAUCCAGCAGGCAGCUAUUCGCAUGAGACAAGAGGCCCAAGACAUUGCCGACACUCUGGCCGACAUCGAGUCGUGGGCGGACAAACUCGCAGCGCUUGCGGAAGAGCCUCAGAACAGCAUGCCCGACGUGAUCAUCUGGAUGCUGCGCGGCGAGAGGAGGGUGGCCUACAGCCGCGUCCCAGCUCACCAGAUCCUCUACUCCACAUACUGCGAGCAGGCUUGUGGGCGCCACUGUGGCAAAACCCAAACCAUAUUUUUAAAGUACCCCAUGGACAAGAACAGAGGCUUGAAGGUGCCUGUUCAGAUCCGAGUCAACAUGUGGUUGGGUUUAUCUGCACAUGAAAAGAAGUUCAACUCCUUCUCCGAGGGAACUUUCAGUGUGUUUGCAGAGCUGUACGAGAACCAAGCCAGUAUGUUUGGAAAGUGGGGAACUACAGGACUGGUGGGACGCCAUAAAUUCUCCGACGUAACGGGCAACCUCAAGCUGAAAAAGGAGUAUUUCAUGCCCCCCAGAGGAUGGGAGUGGGAGUCGGACUGGUUUAUCGACCCGGAGAAAGCUCUCCUAACGGAGGCCGACGCAGGACACACUGAAUUCACCGAUGAGGUUUUCCAAAAUGAGACCCGCUUCCCCGGUGGAGAGUGGAAAUCGGCCUCGGAGCCCUUCACCGACGUGAAUGGUGAGAAGAGCCGAAAUCCACGGGAGUUUGAUUGUCCUCCCGGUUGGGCGUGGGAGGACGAGUGGACAGUUGAUGACAACAGAGCUGUGGAUGAUCAAGGUUGGGAAUAUGGACUGACCAUUCCGCCGGAUGACAAGCCCCGGUCCUGGGUGCCGGCAGAGAAGGUCUACCACGUCCAUCGUCGGCGACGAGUGGUUCGACCUCGCAGGAGAGCCGCACUUCCCGCGGGUGCAACCGCAGAGAGGCGGGACCAGGGCGACCCGGAGGGUUGGGAAUUCUCUUCGUUGAUCGGCUGGAAGUUCCACCGGAAGGAACGCUCGUCGGAUACGUUUCGUCGCAGGCGUUGGAGGAGAAAGAUGGCGCCGGAAGACCGCUUGGGAGCGUCGGCCAUCUUCAAUCUGGAGGGGGCACAGGGUGUUGAUACGGAGGAGAAAGAGAAAAGCUCCAAGGGCGAUGUCACAAAGAUGUUUGGCGCUAACACACCCACUGUGUCCUGCUCCUUAGACAGGUCAUGUAUGUUUCACCUCCGUGUUUAUGUCUAUCAAGCAAGAAACAUGACAUCGAUGGACAAAGACAGUUUUUCUGAUCCCUACGCCCAUGUCUCCUUCCUGCAUCUAAGUAAGACAACAGAGAAGCUGCGUGCCACUUUAAACCCAACCUGGGAUCAAACCCUGAUUUUCAACCAUGUGGAAAUUUACGGCGACCCGCAGACUCUUGCGCAACAUCCGCCGGAUGUUGUCAUCGAGUUCUACGACCAUGACCAAGUGGGCAAGGAUGAGCUGCUGGGUCGGUGCGUUUGCCUUCCAUUGGUCAAGUUGAAUCCCAGCAUGGAUCAGAUACCCAAACUGCUAUGGCACCCUAUCAUGCAAAGGGGACGCGAGGAAGGGGAGGCACUUGUGGCCGCUGAACUCAUCCUGAAAGAUAAGUCAGGAGACUCGGAUCUUCCUCUUGUUCCCCCAAUGAGGGCGGAGAACCUCUACAUGGUUCCACAGGGCAUCCGCCCCGUUGUGCAGCUCACCGCCGUGGAGAUUCUAGCAUGGGGUCUGAGGAACAUGAAGCCCUUUCAGCUGGCCACCGUGUCCUCCCCCAGCCUGGUGGUGGAGUGCGGCGGGCAGAGGGUGGAAUCGACAGUCAUCAGGAACAUGAAAAAGAGUCCCAACUUCCCCAGCUCGGUGCUCUUCAUCAAAGUGCUUCUACCAAAGGAUGAGAUGUACACGCCUCCGAUCGUGCUGAAGGUGAUUGACCACCGUCCAUUCGGCAGGAAACCGGUGGUGGGCCAAUGCACCAUCACCUCUUUGGAGCAGUUCCGUUGCGACCCAUACGUCAUCACGGCUGAGGGAGCGAUGGCUUCCAAAAUGGCCCUCAUGGCAGCGACUCCAUCCGGACACCUCGCCAUCAAUAUGGAAGAAACGAGAUUACUCUUAGAAACUCGGCAUGUAGAGAAGGAAAAGCAAACGGUGGAUUGGUGGAGUAAAUUCUACGCUUCAGUGGGGGAGAAUCAGAAAUGUGGGCCUUACCUCAAGAAAGGAUAUGACACCCUCACGGUGUAUGAUUGUGAACUAGAAGACAUUGACGAAUUCAAAGGCCUGACAGACUUCUGCAGCACUUUCAAACUGCAACGAGGCAAGAACGAGGAUGGUGACGAUGACCCGAGUGUGGUUGGGGAGUUCAAGGGCUCUUUUAAAGUGUACCCGCUGCCAGACGACCCCGGUGUCACCCCUCCUCCCCGGCAAUUCCGAGAGCUCCCCGACAGUGGUCCUCAGGAGUGUCUGGUCAGGAUUUACGUGGUCCGGGCCAUCGAUCUGCAGCCGAAAGACAAUAACGGCAGAUGUGACCCAUACAUGAAGAUAACCCUGGGAAAGAACACAAUAGAAGACCGAGACCAUUACCUCCCCAACACAACCAACCCCGUGUUUGGAAGGAUGUUUGAGAUGAAGUGUUUCUUACCCCAAGACAAGGACUUGAAAAUCUCCGUGUACGACUAUGACCUCCUGAGUCGCGACGAGAAAGUCGGGGAAACUGUGAUCGACCUGGAGAACCGCUUCCUGUCUCGUUACAACUCCUACUGCGGCCUCCCGCAGACGUACUGCACUUCUGGAAUCAACCAGUGGCGCGACCAGCUAAAGCCGUCCGAGAUCUUGGACAACCUAGCUCGUCUGAAAGGCUUUUCCAAACCUUGGAGUGAGGACAACGGCACUUCGCUCACCUUCAACGGAAAACAAUACACUUUGGCUCACUUUGAGGGCAAAAAGGAGAUUCAUGAGCACUUGGGUCCAGCCUGUGAGCGUCUGUGCCUGCACAUCCUGCGAACGCAGGGACUGGUGCCUGAGCAUGUGGAGACCAGGAAACUUUACAGCAGCUUUCAGCCCAAUCUGUCCCAGGGAAGGCUUCAAAUGUGGGUGGACAUUUUCCCCAAAAGCAUGGGCGCGCCCGGCCCACCCUUUGACAUCACCCCACGCAAGGCCAAGAAGCAUUUCCUGCGCGUGGUCAUUUGGAACACGACUGACGUGAUUCUGGAUGAAACCAGCGUCACCGGAGAGCACAUGAGCGACAUUUACGUCAAAGGUUGGAUGCCGGGAAUGGAGGAGGACAAGCAGAGGACCGACGUCCACUACAGGUCUCUCGACGGAGACGGCAACUUCAACUGGAGGUUCGUCUUUGAGUUCGACUACCUUCCCGCAGAACAACUUUGCCUCGUCUCCAAGAAGGAGCACUUUUGGAGUCUGGACAAAACGGAGUUCAGGAUCCCACCGAAGCUGACGAUCCAGAUAUGGGACAAUGACAAGUUCUCACUGGAUGAUUAUCUCGGAACGCUGGAGCUCUAUUUGAACAACUUGAUUCCGCCCGCAAAGACACCAGAGAAGUGUACACUGUCCAUGAUGGACAACGUAGAGACCGACGUGCCCCAUAAGCCCGAAGCUGCCAAGUGCUUGUUUACCCAGAAGUCGGCGAGGGGCUGGUGGCCCUGCUCCAUUGAGCGCAAUGGGCACAAGACCCUCGGGGGCAAAGUAGAGAUGACUUUGGAAAUUCUCAGCGAGGAUGACGUGGAUGAAAAACCGGCAGGAAAAGGCAGGGAUGAACCCAACAUGAACCCGAAACUGGACCUUCCCAAGCGCCCCGAAACAUCCUUCUUUUGGUUCACCAACCCGUGCAAGACCAUGAAGUUUAUCGUGUGGCGACGGUUCCGCUGUCUCUUCAUUGGACUCAUCGUUCUCACCAUUGUGCUCCUCUUCCUCGCCAUCUUGCUGUACUCUCUACCGAAUUACAUCUCAAUGAAGAUAGUGAAGCCACUGAAAUAAAAUCGGACGGCCGCCAAGGUGCAGUGGGACCCGUUAAGGACGAUGGAAAUGUCCAAAGGAUCAAAAUGCAGUAAUGUCAAACUAUCUCACUGUCUUUUUAAUCACAUGUCAUCUUAUCUGAAACAAUUGUGAAUGGGAAGGGAUGCUUGCUUGUUUGCACUAUUUCAACAUUCUGCCACGCACAAAACUGUGAUUAAGUCAACAGGAAUGGUGAUGAACUUUUCCGCAUGAACACUGGUAUCACUCAGUGGGUUCUAUUCUUAACGUUAAAAACACUUUUGAAAAAAAAAAUCAUACAUUUAUUAUUUUUGAUUAAAUUAGAAAUAAAGAUUUUUACACAUUGAACUAGUGUAAUUAGCCAAAAAAUUGUGAUAUUGGCUUAAUCAGACGUGCUCCACAUUUAACAUGUUCCCGCAAGUGCUUUUGUAUUAUUGUUAAUAAAAAAAAAACUAUGAAGCGAUGUUA